AUGAACAACACAAAUUGCACACCGUGUUACAUCAAACUGUGGGGUAACUUCCACAUAUUUUGUAUCGGGAUGUGUUUGGGCCUUGUUGUGUUCAACUUGAACGUGUUGAUAAUUGUAACAAUAAUAAGAUCUAAAGCUCUGCACACCAACACAAACAUCUUCAUCGCGUCAGUUGCUCUGCUGGAUUGUUUCAUGGCGAUGACAGACUUCACUCAAGGCCUGGUUUACAGCACUGAACUCAGGUUAAACAGGAACAAUAUGAACGUUGUUGACGCUGUCCUUCUUGGAACAGGAACCAGUGCUGUAACAUUAUCAUAUACACAUAUGGCUAUACUUGCAGUUGACCGCUAUAUCAACAUCGCCCAUCCGUUUUACUAUAUUUCAAAUGUUACAAAGCGACGUGUCAUUGUUGUUCUAUUUAUUGUGUGGUUAUCUGGGCUGGUUUAUUGCAUUAUUCCCGGUAUUUACUAUAGAGAUAACAAGUAUCAUAGACACUGUAUUACUUCCAAUCCCCCAUCAGAAUAUUUUAUUAUCAACGCAUCAUUUAACCUAGUUGACUAUGUCAUAAUUUUUAUAUGCUACUUUAGAAUAUCAUAUUUGGCUUUCCGGCAUAAAAAAGCUGCCAAUGUCCGCAGAAAACAUACAGAAAACCCAGAGAAUGUUUUCAAGAUACGGAACAACCGAACAGCCGCAGCGAAGAGCGUCAAAUUUUUCAUUUGUCUGUUUGGGGCCUUUUUUGUCUUAACUUUCCCGCCUGCCGUAGUAGCCGGUGUCAUUUAG